AAAACUAGCAAAACACAUGUAGAAAAUUAUGGCGGGGUCAGAAGCGUUAUUGAAAAUAAUUGUAUUUACCAUAUGUGCUGCCGCGAUUAAUGUGACAAUUGUUGUCGAAGGGCACAGAUUAAACGUACCAAGAGUUUUAUUACCAGUUUUCAAUGAUUACCCUGUUAAUUUUACACUUGAAGUAACCGAGGGUGGUUGCUAUCAAUGGUCCACGUCACGUUUGGAUAUUAUCCGAUUGGUACCCAUAAAUGAAAAUCUAGACAGAACAUGUUCAUCUGCUGUAAUUGUACAAACAGUUACCAAAGAAUUUACUCGAAACACUGCUAUUGUUUUAGCAGAGGAUGUAGCAUCAGGAUUGGUCUUACGCUGUGAUGUUAUAGUAGAUGCAAUUUCUUCCCUUCAUGUUGUUACUACUACCAGAGAAUUAUUUAUUGAAGAAGCACCAGAAGCAUUUGAAGUUCGAGCUUGUGACGAACAAGGUAACGAAUUCACAACUCUGGCGGGCGUAGAAUUUACUUGGACAGUUGGCAAUAUUGAUAAACAUUCUACCACAGUAGACAAAAAAGCUCCGAACAAUGUCUUGCGUUUUAUGACUUUUCAAGAGUCUCCAUACGAGACACCACAUACGGUUAGCAGUUUAGAUGCGAUAGGUAAAAGAGGGCAUAUCAUUCUAUUGGAAGGAGUUAGAACAGGAACAGCGAAGGUUUCAGUAAGAUUACUACAUCCAGAAUAUAAACAUGUAUCCCCGAUAGAAGUGGAAUUAAUUGUUGUGGCAAAUCUUAUAAUACUACCAUCCGAUGUUACAAUAAUGGUACAUGAUAGUUUCAAGUACAAAGUGAUGCAGGUCCGUCAGGGUCGACUAGAAGAAAUAAAUUUUCCAUCAAGUCAAUAUUACUUAGAGGCAGAAAAUACAGCCAUAUUAGAAAUAGACAACGAGCAUAGCUCCAUUUAUGCACUUUCAUACGGAAAAACAAAGAUUUUCUUACAUGACAAAUAUGUUCAUGAAGAAUACGGUGUUGUUUUACCUUCAGCGACAGUUAACGUGAACGACGUGGCGUACAUAGCACUUACAGUUCUUCCAGAUAGAAAUUGGGCCCUCAUACUUGGAAAAGUUCAUGAAAUUGUUAUUGAGCUUUACGACAAUAAGGAUCGUAGAUUUCAUAUUGGUGAAGGUGUAGAAGCAACAAUGCAGAUCGAUGGGAAGUACUUCAAUACCCAUUCGGUAACACCAAAUGGAACUCAUGUCAUCGGUGUGCCAAUAAACAUUGGAACAACAACAGUAGAAGCUACUCUUCACGGAGUGAUCAAUAAGUAUGGAAAAAGAGUGACACUUUUGUCAAAAUUAUCAACCAGAGCAGAACUUACGAUACAUUCACCAGUCACUGUUCAUCCAAAGAUUCUAGCCAUGCCGUGGGAUCCCAGGGGAAAAUCCCGGAUUGAGAUUGCCUUAAAAGUAACUGGCGGUGAUGGUUCUUACGUUUGGACCAGCCGACAGCCAUCAGUAGCCACUGUGACACAGAAUGGUGUUGUAAGGAUUUUGCAAAAGGGAACUACAGAUAUAUCUGUCUCCAUGGCACGAAAUCAGUAUAACAAAGAUACAACAAAAGUUCAUGUUUUACCACCCUGCAAAUUAGAAAUUGUUCGGUACAACAUGGAAGCUGCAGUUGGCGAGCCGAUAUACUUGCACAUUGCUUUGUACGGAGAAUUAAGCGAUGGCACAGACGUAAUAGUUAUGCCGUUUAACGAUUGUAAGGACGUACCUUUUGAAGUUGACAUACCAGAUGAGAACUUUAAACAAGUUUAUGAAAAUGAAACUGUACAACCAGUAGGCAUUGCUUGUACGACCAUAGCAGUCAUGGGAUUAGACGUUGGAACUUCCAGUAUAUCCGUAGCUUAUAAAGUAAAUGGACUAUACUUAAUUGACAAUAUAACAGUAUCAGCUUACGAGCCACUCACAGCCUUACAUCCAGCAAGCAUGGAAACUCUGCUAACUGUCGGAUCAUCAAGAAAAAUUCUUUUCAAAGGUGGACCGCAUCCAUGGUCCAUUAAGCCGCAAGGAUAUUCGAGAGAAGCACGAGUCUCUGAUAACAUGGUCAUAGAAUCUCACGAAUACGCAUAUUCUACCAGUGGAUUUUCUGAUGUGGCACUUUUUGAAGUCACCUGUAAAGCUCUUGGUGAAGCCAACUUCAUUUACACAGUGUCAAACUUGCCGCUCUUACCAAAUUGUCAGAAAACCGAAGCAGUUGCUAAAGUUCGUGUGAUUUGUGGAAAGCCAAGAUACAUUUAUCUACAACCUAAGUUCAGUAACAGUAGUAGCUGUCCUAUUGGACAGGUCUCCGAGAAGAUUAUGGCGCGAAAUAACAAUGACUUGGAUCUUACUGUUGUGAUAAAGGACGAAGAUGGUCGGCGUUUUGAUAACAUUUCUAGUUUACAUAUAGAGUGGGAAUUGACACCUACUGGAGUAGGUAUUCUUGAUGCUCCAAUCGGGUCGAAGGAGGAAACUAUUACGGAUAUGAAUGUGGAAUUUCCAAAAAGGCACUAUCAACGUAUCAUACCUAAGAAACAUACUGGAAGUUUGACUGUGUCAGCGUCAGUCAUAGGAUACCAGAAAAACAUUCUGAACAAAUUGGGUAUCACUCCAGAAUGGCCAGUAUUUCCUACUGAAAAUGAAAGGGGAAUAGUUGAUACACCUAUGAUAGAAGCUUCUGUGAAUGUUAUUCUGGUUAACGAUACCACCAUUACUCCGAGCACGUUGAAGGUACUAAAUGAUCCUAAUGGAAAGUAUUUCCUGCAAGUCAGUCAGGGUUCUGGUUACUAUGAAUUUCUAUUAAGCACUGAUGACAUAGCUGAUGUACGAUACAUAGAGCCGACAAAAUCUAUCAGUGUAACACCAAAAAAAUCUGGAGUACUACAAAUAGCCCUGGUUGAUCUGUGCAUCGAUUCUGGUCCAGCUCAAGCUACAAUCGAAGUGCAGCAACUCGGAGGAAUUGAAGUGGAAACUGUGAAUAAAGUUGAGAAGGGAAAGUGCAUCGUAGCUGCUGUCAAACUUUUUGACACUAAUGGACAGCUUAUACAAUUGCCAUCUAUCGAUGCACUUAAUAUAAGAGCAGAAACUGAGAAUGGAUAUAUUGAAGUGAAACGAUUGCCAAUCAAUGAACAAGGCAAAUUACCUUAUGAACAAAUACUCUACGUUAUUCAUGGAAUUGAAGAAGGGGAUUCUCAGUUGAUAUUCGUUAGUGGUGAAGGUGAUCAAGAAAUCGAAAGUGAUCCAUGUAUUGUUCAAGUAUUUUUACCAUUGAGAGUGACACCGCGUAAUUUAACUGUACUGAUUGGUACACCUUAUCAGAUUAAAACUGAGGGAGGUCCUACCAAUGCAGAGGUUGAAUUUACCGCAGAAAAUGAUGAUGUCCUUAGUAUUGAUCGUACUGGGGUCCUCGAAGGGAUGGCAAUGGGAAAAACAAAAGUCAUUGCAAGGGCUGUCGGUUUAAGUGCAAAAGGUACUAGGGUUCUGUACUCCCAAGAUCAUGCAGAAGUUCACGUUAUCAUACUUGAAGGAAUUAAAAUUGUUACUCCUACAAGUAGGGUUAAAGCUGGUGCUGUUAUUCCUCUUUGGGCAUUUGGUCUGCCGGAACACUUGACGCCAUUGAUUAUUGGUUCACUGCGAAAACCUUUGAGAUUUAUAUGGAUGUCAAGCGAUUCAAAUUCAUUGAGUCUACAUAAUAUGUACGAAGGUACUGGUAUCAAUGUGAGAUACCAGAAUGAAGUAACUUUACAUGCCAAAGCGAUAAGACCAGGAACAGUGACAGUUUACUUGAACGUGACUGCGCCAUCGAAGACCUUACCCGGUUACAAGAAGGAUGUGACUUUCACGACGUUCGUCAAGAUUGAAAUUUUCGAAGAAUUAUAUCUGACAAAUCCUGUAGCUGCACCAGGAGUAUCUAUCAUUUUAAUGGCAGCGAAUUCUAUCUUGAAAUUGGAAACGAAUCGCGACAAGCGUGGAGUCACGUCGUACAAAAUUUUGUCCAGCGGCCAGUCGAAUGAAUCCGAGGAAUUGAAUGCAUUGACUACCGGAAGUAAAGCUAUAAGCGUUGAUAAAAAUGGGGUGAUCAGGGCAGGAGAUCAUUUUGGCCGAACAGUAAUUUCCAUAUCAAGCGUAGAGGGUUACAGUUUUAAGCAAACUUUAACAAUUAUUGUUGACGUAAAACCUGUGCACUAUGUUAUGUUGUCCCUCAAAUCAAAUGUGCGUAUACGCAGUGGUGAGGAAUUGAAUAUGUUACCCAAUGGUAUGGAAUUGGAUUAUGAAUUACAAUAUUAUGAUAGUGUCGGCUCGAAAUUCCAUUCAGCUGAGACCAAGUUUCAAGUCACAGCCAAUAGAGGCGAUUUGGUUUCCUUUGCACCUGGAAAAGGUAAUGUGAUUGCUACGAAGUUUCUUAAGAAUGGCGAAUUGGUUGCUAAGGUAUACGAUGAAAAAUAUCCCAAUGGAAUGUUUGAUUAUGUUCACAUGGCGAUUGGAGACAUAUUAUUUCCGAUAAAGACUACCCUGACAGUGGGUGAUAUCGUAUGCUUUUCCAUGCCACUAUUGUCAUCCGAUGGUGAUCCUGGGUAUUGGCAAUCAUCUGCUCCAGACAACUUGACGGUAGAUCCUCUCACAGGAAUUGGUAGAGCACGCAGUCCAGGACAUGCUAUUGUAAAGCAUAGUCUUGCCACUCCGAUACAAGGAGACAUUGAAGUUACUAUAAAGCCAAUUGCCAAGAUAUCACUUGUGCCACUAAGAGGAAAAAAUAUUACCGGCAUGGAAGUGUUUAGUCUACCUUUAGUACUGAAGAGUAAAGAUGAGAAAAUAAAAGAGAACAAUGUCUUAUCACGGGGCUUAGGUGGAUGUCGUAGACAAUCCUCUUUCGCGGUAACCUCGUUUCCAUUUACUUGCAACAUUCAAUUCGUUUCUCCAGUUUCAACCAUUGCUAUAAACGACCUGUUCCUCGUUAAACCACGAUUCGAUAUUGUGACUGGUUUUUAUUAUUGUGAUGUUAUGUCGAUGGGUCCAUUAAGCAUCGCAUUGAGUACAAUGGAGACAUCGGUGUUGAUAAAUGCACAGAGUAAUGACAUCGAAGGUACACCAGUGGAAGUAGUGUAUCUUCCACCGAUGUAUGUUACCAAGAAAGAAAUUGUCUUUGUUUUAUCUUCUUCUAAUACAUUAUCGACUGCUACUAUCGAUAUAUAUGGUUUGAAAACUGUACUGAAUCGUGUUACGAUGAACGCUCCUGAGGGCUUGACCGUAAGUGGGCCUCAAUUUGUUUCAAAGCAUUUAAUACAGUACAAGAUAAGAUUGUUACAGAACCGUGAGGAAAUGCAGGGUCAGAAAGUUAUAGUGACGAAUGAAUUGACGAACCAAAGUGUUCCUCUUUUAAUACGAAUUUCCAAAUACGACCAAUUUGUUCCAAUAUCUGGAAUUCACUGGCUGGACUAUAUGUAUUAUUAUCGGUACACCUUAGCGCCUCUUGUGGUUCUUGUUGUGACGUUCUUCUUCAUAUUCAAACACAAAGUGACGUGCAUCCCCGUAAGGAAUAAAACUGUAUUUGCUGACACAUGUCCCCCGCCAAUAAAGAACGCAAACGUAACGUGCUCUCCUACUGUUAACAAUGCAACGAGUACGCCAAAUUCACGAAGUCCAAAUUCAUCCUUAAGGCCUUUCUCAGCGUUCGAGCCUGUUUAUGGCGAUCCACGUGGCUUUUACACGCCGACUGCCAGACGGAAUAGAACUUUACACAGUCCGUAAUGAUUCACAGUUGAAAAUUGCUUGGACAAGACUGAUAUACAGUCGAAGAAUAUGUUCGUGGGAAGGCUGUGUUCCUCUUGUGUCCUUGUGGAAUAUAUUUUCUUCUUUUUCUCGUUCUCCACAACGAAACCCGUGUAUGAUAUUGGACAACUAACGAAGUUUAUAUUAUCUUGAACGAACAACAUGGUUUGCUGAAAGCAUCAGCCGUGCAUCCUUUUGGAUUCCCGUCAUUGGUAAGAUCAUUGUAUAAUAAUAUAACGUUAAUUGUAAUACUUAAGGAAUCUGACGUAUGAAACAUGAGAUUUAGAGACGUAGUUAAGACCAUUAAUGAAUGAGGAUACAUGCGGUUUAAGACUAAGAACACGUUACCAUUCUUCCUCAAGCUUAGAGGUUGUCAAUGUUUGAAACGCCACAACUAUUAUAUUUAUUGUAUUCGCACAAUUUUAGUGCGAGGUAUAAGGACAGAACAGUUUAUAUCCUUAAGAACGAUAUUGUGAGGCAGCUGCACAAGUUGAUGAGGAUAAAGAGAAUUGCAUCAAUUUGAACAUCGACCAACAUUGUUGAGUGAGAAACUGAAACGGUGUAACUAAAUGACUGGUUUUGUUAAUAAGAAUGUAUCCGUUUUUUAACGUUUGUUUAAUAGAGAUGACUGACAGGAAGCUGUUAACGUUCAUCACCCGUUUAACGAGACAAGUCAGUUAGAUUCGAAUGUAAAUAAUCGCGGUAAAUUACUAUUAUUAAAGAAAUCUUGUUUAUCUGCAUAACAUAACUUUCAUUUUUGUAAUAUUCAUUCUCUCAAUGAUUAAGCCCUGCGUGUGGUCAGCUAGUUACUUGCAGUUAACUAUGAACUAGCAAAGUCGAUGACCCGUUUAUAAUCCACUUCCAAAUCGAUGAAAGACCUUAUUGUGCCUUUGAAUCAGUAAAUUCUUCUAUCGCGAAAUGAAUUCAUGUAACAUCUUGAAGAAGUACGUGUGUUCACGUAUCAUGAUUAAGCUUCACGGCCUAAACAAUUCACUUCACUUUAUAAAACUUAAUUACCCUACUUUCAGUACCUUCUUGUAUAAUUUCUUAGACAGUUUUAUCUAUAUCAGUUUUUUUCUUUUGAAUCCUUAUAUCAUCAGAGAGAGCCAACGUAUCAUUUAAUUUGCCUCGGAGGGUGUCCUUACAUUUUUCAUUAUCUUUAAGUACUUGAUAUACUUCUGUAUAUAUAAAUGUAAUUAUUAUACGAAUUUUGCCAACAAUUAUCUAAUUGACAGUGUUAAUUAUCUUGUAUCAUUAAGCGUGAAAGUCUUUCAUUUAAAUGUUAUGCUAAGGUACAGACUCUUAAUUCUGCAUGUUUGUAAAUUGCGGACCAGUCAGUCUGAAUAGUUGAUUGUAAAUUGUUAGUGAUAAUAAUUGAGCAGAAUUAAAAGUCUAGAUACUCACAAUAGGCAUUGAGUAACUGAGACAAUAUGAUACCACUCGCGAUAUUUUAUGCGGAGACAAAAUUUAUCGCAGUACGCAGUACAGUAUAGUAGAUUAAACUGGCAAGUUAUUAACUGCGGGUACUGAGAUUUAUUUUGGACUUAGUUUUAUUCAAUAUGUUUUUUUUAAAUUUGAAUACACACUUCAUUAAUCUACUGGUACAAUGUAUGAGUAUUGCGAAGACAUCUUAUAGAGAUGGUAGUAUAAGACUAAUAUUUAAGAUAGUUAUUAAAUGCAAAUAUUAAAUUGACAUUACGAAAAUUCAAUAUUAUCAAAUUUGACUUUUAAAGGAAAUCGCAGUUGCGAUAAAUCCUUGUUUUUCACAAUACUUUGAAAGCUCGAUCAAUAGUCUUCCGUACUUAUCAUAAUUUCCUUUUCUGCCUAUUAUUCAUAAAGAUUAUGUGUUCUUCCUUGCGACAUGUUCAACACAAUUAUUUUUUAAUAUUCUUGUUUAUUUAUAAAACAGAAAAGAUAACUUUCGAGCUUUCUAUGUAAGUAUUGGCUCGACACACUUCCGUUCGAAUUUCUUAAUCGGAAAUUCGAAGUGCCAAUAAUGAAGGAUAAGUAAUAAAGAAAAAAGUCAUUUUUGGUUGUGAUGUAUCAUUAUUAUUUUAUUUACUGAACAUUCUUAGAUCCUUUCUUUACGCAAUGAUUAUUACAUUUUAUGCAUCACAAUUUGUAAGUGAGCGGAUUACGAUUAUCGCUUUACCUUCAAGUUUUUUGUGCAAUUUUGUAAUAUUGCAAUAAUUAAUGGAAACAAAGAAUGAGAUGUAUAUGUGGAUGUAUGUGAAUUAUUAUUCGUGCUUCCUUAAAAGUUGAAAAACAUGUUCGGUCUUAAGUUUGUUAUACCUUGCCGAUGGGAAACAGUAAAGUUUAUGUGGUAAGCAGCUACGCCAUGUGUUCAUAGUACUUAAAAAUUAAAAAUAUGACUUAGUAAGCAACUGAACGUUAAUUGGAACACACAAAAAAAGGCGAUAAUGUGCGGUUGUGAAAUUUUCAUACAUAAUUGUCAUGUGGUACGAUGUUAUUUAGUAAAUAUGUCAGUUCGUUGGACUCAGGUAAAUAAAGAGUAUAUUCUUCUUUGUA